AUGAGGGCAAGCUCUGCCCGUAAGCCCGCCCGCAGAGGAGCCAUGGUGGGGGCCGGAUGGGACGAAUUCUCGAGUGGGGGGGCGUUAGGAGGAGGGGAAGGGUAGAUGAGUGAGUAGGGGAAGAGGGCUUCAAAGGCCAAGCUGGAUUUCUGAAAAGUGGAUGAUGGUAAGGGUGCGAUCACGGGCCGGUGAAUGUGUCGUGGCUAUGGGCGGGAAAAUGGCGCGAAUUUGAGUAAAUGCGAAAUGGAUGAAAAUCGAAAGAAA